AUGGUUUCCGCCUCCAAGGCCGCCCGUAUGGCCAAGCGUGCCGACGAGAAGAAGACCAAGAAAGGCUCCAAGGCCGAUGAGCCCGAGGGCGAUGCUGCCGAGCAGCCCGCCACCACCGACGAGAAGAUGAAGGAGGUCGAGAAGCUCACAGCCCAGAUGGAUAAGCACGGUCUGUCCGAUCGUGUCACCACCGGUGUCCUGUCCUCGAUUCCCUCCUCCCGCGAUGCUAAGAUCACCUCCGCCUCCCUGGUGUUCCAUGGCAAGGUCCUCAUUACCGACUCCACCCUCGAGCUGAACUUCGGUCGCCGUUACGGUCUGCUUGGUGAGAACGGCUGCGGAAAGUCCACACUGCUCAAGUCCAUCGCUACCCGAGAGUUCCCCAUUCCCGAGCACAUCGAUAUCUACCUGCUGAACGAGGGUGCUCCCCCUACCGAUUUCGGUGCCCUUGAGUGGGUUGUCCGCGAGGCCCAGAACCAACUGGACAACAUGGAAAAGCGGGCCGAGGAGAUCCUGGAACAUGAAGGCCCUGAGAGCCCUAUCCUUGAGGAUCUGUACGACCGUAUGGACAAAAUGGAUCCCUCUACCUUCCACACCCGUGCUUCCCUGAUCUUGACUGGUCUGGGUUUCAACAAAACCACCAUCCACAAGAAGACCAAGGACAUGUCCGGUGGUUGGCGUAUGCGUGUCGCCCUGGCCAAGGCUCUGUUUGUCAAGCCUUCGCUGCUUCUGCUGGACGACCCCACUGCUCACUUGGAUUUGGAGGCCUGUGUGUGGCUGGAGGAGUACCUGAAGAAGUGGGAGCGCACCCUGGUUCUGGUGUCCCACUCCAUGGAUUUCCUGAACGGUGUCUGCACCAACAUGCUGGACAUGCGCGGCAAGGAGCUCCUCUACUACGGUGGUAACUACGACUCUUACCACAAGACCCGUAGCGAACAGGAGACCAACCAGAUGAAGGCCUACCACAAGCAGCAGGAGGAAAUCCAGCACAUCAAGAAGUUCAUUGCCUCCGCUGGUACCUACGCCAACUUGGUGCGUCAGGCCAAGUCUCGUCAAAAGAUUCUCGACAAGAUGGAGGCCGAUGGUUUCAUUCAGCCUGUCAUCCCCGACCGUGUCUUCACUUUCCGUUUCGCUGAGGUCGAGAAGCUGCCCCCCCCCCGUCCUUGGGAGGACACCCUGUACGAGCACCUCGACUUCGGUGUCGACAUGGACUCUCGUACCGCCCUGGUCGGCCCUAACGGUGUCGGCAAGUCCACUCUGCUGCGUUUGAUGACCGGCAAGCUGAGCCCCAUUGGUGGCCGUGUCUCCCGUCACACUCACCUGAAGCUCGGCAUGUAUAGCCAGCACUCCGCCGAGCAGCUUGACCUGACCAAGUCUGCUCUGGAGUUCGUCCGUGACAAGUUCCCCGAGAAGUCCCAGGACUACCAGUACUGGCGCCAGCAGCUGGGCCGCUACGGUCUCAGCGGUGAGUCCCAGACCGCCAUUAUGGGUACCCUGUCCGAGGGCCAGAAGAGCCGUAUCGUCUUCGCUCUGCUGGCCAUCGAGUCCCCCAACAUGAUCCUGCUGGACGAGCCUACCAACGGUCUUGAUAUCCCCACCAUUGACUCCCUGGCUGAUGCCAUCAACGCCUUCGACGGUGGUGUUGUCGUCGUGUCUCACGAUUUCCGUCUGCUUGACAAGAUCGCCAAGGACAUCAUGGUUUGCGAGCACAAGACCGUCCGUCGCUGGGACGGCACCAUUGGCGCCUACAAGAACUACUUGCGCAACAAGAUGGUGGAUGCCGGUGCUGUCUAA